UUAUCUUUUUGUUAGACCUAAACAAAAUGUCUGCGCCCAUUUCCAUUUCCAAAUAAUGGUCUAGUUUGUUCGUGUUUGACAGGCAAUGAGCAAUAUCUAUAUACAAGAACCGCCUACAAGCGGAAAGGUUCUAUUAGAUACAAGUGUAGGAGACAUUGACAUAGAAUUAUGGUCAAAGGAAGCCCCAAAAGCAUGUCGAAACUUUGUUCAGUUGUGUAUGGAGGGAUAUUAUGAGGAUACAAUUUUCCAUCGCAUUAUCAAGGAUUUCAUUGCACAAGGAGGGGACCCAUCAGGCACUGGAGAUGGUGGUGAAUCCAUUUAUGGUCAUCCUUUUAAGGAUGAAAUUCAUUCAAGACUACGAUUUGUUAGAAGAGGACUGGUUGCCAUGGCAAAUGCUGGGUCGAAUGACAAUGGUAGUCAGUUCUUUUUCACUUUGGACAAAGCACCAGAGCUACAAAAUAAACACACCAUAUUUGGAAAAGUUACUGGUAAUACAGUGUAUAACAUGAUUAAACUUAAUGAGUGUGAAACAGACGGUGCUGACAGACCAUUAUAUCCACCAAAAAUUAAUAAAGCACAGAUUUUAUCGAAUCCAUUUGAUGACAUAGAACCAAGGACUACAGGUAAAGACAAGAAAAAUGAAGACAAGAAGAUCAAAAGUAAAUCAAAAGCUACAAAAAAUUUCAAGUUGUUAUCAUUUGGUGAAGAGGCAGAAGAAAAUGAAGAAAAUGACACAAUAGCAACAAAGGAAAUGAGAGGAAAGGGUAAAAGUAGUCAUGAUUUAACCGAUGAUCCCACACUUAGUACAGAUGUGGAAAAUCUAGAGGAAAGAGCCAAAAGUCAAGAGGAAGAUGAAGCUGGUAGACAAGACAUAGCAAAAACAGUGGCAGAAAAACUGAGAGAAGGAAAGGAUAAAAGAAAACAUGAAGAAAAUAGUGAUGAUGAAGAUGAUCAUGAUACAAGUACAUUAGAUGAGCUAAAAAGAGAGGCAAGAAAACUGAAGAGGGAAUUGUUAGGAAAAACAAAGACAACAGAAGAUUUGACACAGUCAAAAACAGAAAAGCCAAAAAUAAGUGAAGUUGUUGAAAGUUAUAUGAAGGAAAGACAAAAGUACCAGGAUUUAAAAAAAGUACAAGGAAAGAAAGGGAAAGAUAGAGAAGCCAUGACACUUGAAAUGUUAUCAAAAUUUAAAAGUAAACUAAGUUCUGCUAAACUUUUGGGUGGUGAUUAUGAUGAUGAUGAAGAAGAAAAGGCAAAUGAAAAGGUAGAAGAAAAGAAGGAAGAAGGUGAAAAGAUGGAAGAAGAAGAUGAUCCAACAGAUUUGUCUUGGAUGAGGCACAAGCUAAAAUUCAUGGAUGAUGAACGGAAGAGGAAAGUCAUUGAUGCAAAUGUUGAAGAGUUGGACAGAUAUGAAAUUCAUGAUCCAAGGAACCCAUUGACUAAACGAAGACGUGAAGCAAGUAAACAAGUGAUGAAAGAGCGGAGAUAACACAUGUUAAUUGUUUUGAAUCUGGUGUUCUCUUCACAAACAAUUGGACGUCUGUGUUUUUUAAUACUGGAUAAGGCAUGUGCAAAGAUCUCUUUAUGCUAACUGAGUAUUAGCAGAGAAAUAAAUUUUUCAGUUCUAUAAAACUAAUACCACAUUGAAGUUUGUAUCAAAUUCAAAGCUUACAGCAAUUGAAAAAGGCUUGCAAUUGACAUUUAUUGCAUAACUAAAACCUCAAAAUUUGGAUUGAAUUUUAUUUAUUUUUUGGUUUUCAAAUUGUUAUUAGAAUAAAAAAACAAAACAAUUCCAGCUUGUUUAAAAUAAGAUAGCUCAAUAAAGAUGUUAAUUAAAAAGAACUUGCACUAAGAUUUAAUUGCAUUUGUUGAUACAUGUAGUUAUAUUGAACAUAUUAUUUGAUGUUAUGUUGUCAGAUUUUUUUUAUGUUAUAAUUAAAAAAAUAUAAUAAAACUGGAGAUAAAAUUAAAA